AGAAAACAAAAAAAAAAUCAAUAUUCAAUCAGUCAAUCUUAUCCAAACAUCUUUUUUUUAUUUAAUUUUUUUUCCACAACGAUCAUCAUCAUGAUCGAAGUAUAAAAAUUUGCCAUCAAAACAAUUAUCUUCUAUACAAACAAUGAGCUCAUCAUAAUCAUUCAUCAACUAUCGACGCAUAUCAUUACCAAACAAAAAAAAAUUUUAAUUUUUUUUCCUUCUUCAUUGACGAAUUUUUUGUUUUGCAAUUGAAUUUUCAAUUUCGGAAACAAAAACGUCAUCUUUUUCUUCCCCUUUUAUAUUUCCAAAGAAAAAAUCAUUCGAAUCCGAAUUACAGUAACAAAAAAAAAAUCCAUUACAUUCAUAAGUGAACAAAACAAAAACAAAACAAAUGGAAUCAUCAACAAAAUCAAAUGGUGAUUCAAAUUGUCCAUCAAUACAACGUCCAUCAUCAACGUCCGAAUCAUCAACAACAAAAAUUGUAAAUAAUAAUGAUCAUAAAUUAAUAACAAUACCAGAUGGUGCCGAACAGCUACAAUUUCAAAUUGCUGGCCAUUGUUUCGGAAAAAGUAAACAUAAAUGGGGUAUUUUAAAACAUUCAAAAUCUGGUGAUAUAUUGAAACCUGUUUUUGAUAAACGUAGUCGUCGUGAACAAUCAUUUUAUGAAAUUAUUUUCAAUAAUAAUUCAAAUUCGAAUAAUGAUAAUAAUGAUUGUUUAACUCAACUACGAAAAUUAGUGCCUCAUUAUAAUGGUCUAUUUCAUGAUGAUCAAAUGAAUAUUGAUUAUAUACGUUUAGAAGAUAUAACUGCCAAAAUGAUUAAUAUAUCAUUAUUAGAUGUUAAAAUUGGCUAUAUAACAUAUGAUCCGGAAGCAAGUGAUGAAAAACGUCGUGCCGAAAUGAAUAAAUAUAAAUAUUCAAAAGAUCUUGGUUUUCGAAUAUUAGGAAUGAGAUAUUUUGAUCGUUUGACCAAUGAAUUUGUUGAUAAAAAUCGUGAAUAUGGAUUACAAAUAACAAAGGAUAAUGCUUCUGAUGCAUUAUUAUUGUUUGCUCAAAAUGAUCCAAACGUAUUACGACAAUUUGAUAAUGAUUUAUGCGAAAUUGAAAAUUGGUUCAUAAAAUUUAAUGUACGACGAUGGAAAUUUUUAUCAUCAUCAAUAUUGUUUGCUUAUGGUAUGAAAACAAUCAACAACAAUGACAAUGAUAAUGAUAAUGAUAAUGAUAAACGUAUGACAAUUGUUAAAAUGAUUGAUUUUGCACAUGUUUUCCCUAAUGAUGAUCAAGAAUUGGAUGAAAAUUAUCUAUUUGGUUUAGGUAAAUUACAAUUUUAUAUAAAAUCAAUCGAACAACAAAACAAUAUCGAGUGA